CUCUCACGCGUCGCGCAGGCCGCACGGAUCCGGAACGACACGCCGGGACGGCCACGACCGCCGUCGCGAGCGCUGCGGCUGCCCCGCGCGCGGCAAGAGCAAGGGGCUGCCCAGGCAUCAGCAUGGAGUUUUUUGGUUAUGGCCGCAAGGCCACACCCCAGAAGAGUGCGGGCCCCGCCGCCGCUUUGCAAGAGAUCAUGCAGCAGGAGUUUGAAAUUGACGCCGUCGGGUCGGAGUUUAUGCCGAGCCUCCCGCAGUACGACCUCGACCUAGAACCCGACGAGGCGCCGCGCGCCACGCGCGACUUCACGCCCCUCGAGGUGCCCGUCGGGCGGCGGGGCGGCCCGAAGAAGCGGUCUUCUUCGUUGCCGCCGUCGAUGGUCCGCAAGCAAGCUGCACAACGCAUCGACGACUGGGCCGCGUACAACGACUCUGAUGAGACGCCGCAGAUGGCGUCGUUAACCGUCGUCACCACGCCGCCGCCCGCUCCCAAAAGAAGAAGUCUACUGCAGAAAGCUAGAGAUAUAGGGAGGGCCCACAUGCUCCCCAAGCUGAUCAAGGGCGAAAGCUACGAGGUCGCGAACGGUACGAGUACGGCGCGGACGUCUUCGUGCGACGUCGGACAAGCAUUGAGGGAUCGAGGUCGGUUCGGCGCGAUGUCUACAUGUGUUGUGGAGGUGGCUUUUAUCGACGGCUCUUCCAUCAAAGUGACAGCUAGGAACGACGACACGGCCCGGUCCAUCCAGUCGGCGGCGGCGUUAGCGAUCGGCGUCGGCGCCGAGUACGUCUCGGCGCUCGGACUGUAUGCGUACAACGGCGACGGCCGCUGCGCCGCGCGGCACGAGCCCGACGCGACGGCCCGGUCCCUGCGGAAUCAAUCGGUAGUCCUCGCCGUGCGCCUCAUUACGACGGCGCAGCUCGCGGCCGCCGCGCGGGGCUUCCGGACGUCGACCGCCUCCGCCAACGAGUUCGCGCUCGCUCGCUUGUUGCACGCGCAAGCAUGGUGCCGCGUCCUACUCAUCGCGUCGACGCCGUCGCGGCCAUCGACACUAAAACGCACGCAGGCCGCCGCCUACGCCCUCGACGAGCGCUGCGCCGCGCCGUUCCCCGACGCCGUCACGGGCGACCUCGCGGCGCUCCGGCUCUGGGCGCGCGCGCGCGGCCAGGCUGCGAAGCGGGGCCUCGACGGCGACGACGAUACGAUAGUAAGGCCGCUGGCCCUCACGCUGCUGGCGACGCACGGCGUCCAGGAGUUCGGGAGCGCCGACGAGGUCCGCGUCCGCGCCGCUCUCGAUGGACAUCUCGCGCAGAAAGCCGCGAAAAGAGAUAAGGCCCGAGCCGUCGCCCAGGCGCCGAAGAAGGCCGCCAAGAUCGAGCUGGAGAUCGUCGAGCCCGUCGCGGACGGCGAGCGCGUCGUCUCGGACGACGGGGACGCGCCCGAGGCCGCGUUCCUCGCGACGGUCGCGUCGACGUCGCGCUUCGGCGCGCAGUUGUUCCCCUGCGCCGUGCGGCGGCGCGCGCCCGGCGAGACGAUGCGGGACCAGGCCUGCCCGCCCCGCGUGUUAGCUGUUUCUAGAGAUGGUGCCGCCAUCCUAUCCAACGACCUGACGUCCGAGCUCCAGAGCGUGCCCUUUGCGAAACUGCGACGGUGGACGCGCGACAAAUCUAUUAUACGCUUCGAGGCCGAGCAGCCCUUCGACUGCUGGGGGCCGGCGUUCAUGCGGAGACGGUCGACUUCCCACGACGACGCUAGAAGAAAGCGAUUGAGGAGACUCGCGGCGCUGUCCAAGGGCCGCGCGACGCAGCCCAAGGUCCAGGCCUCCUGGUGGUUCUCGCCGGCGCCCAAACUGCCAGAAGCUCCUGCUUCGUUGUCCGAGGACGAGUCGUCCAGUGACGACGACCUCGACGCGCCGUCGCGGCGCGUGCGCUUCGAGAUUGAUUUAAGGGAUGACGAGCGCGCGGCGCGGGAGGUCUUGCGGUUAUUAGAUGACUACUCGGUCUACGACCUCCAGUCGCAGCGGCCGCGGUGCCAGUAUCAUUCCAUAUUUGGGACCGGCCUGCCCUCGGCCGGCGCGGCGCGAGUGGCAAAAGCGACCGUAGGAACGCCGGAAGCCCUCGCGACGGAGGGCGGCGGCGCGUUGGGAGAUCGACCCACGGUCUACAACGCGUUGGUCUCCGCCGUCAUCCGGCCGCCGCGGUUCCUCUACGACUGCCGCAUCUUAGGACCUUCGUCGUUCGAGUUCCAGAACAAGCGGUGCCUACGGCACGACUUGGUUUUGCGGAACGCGCGAGGCUUACGGCUGCACUGCUCGCACUGGCGCUUCACCGACGAUACAAAGAGGCCGUGCGUCGUCUUCAUGCACGCGAACUCGGCGUCGCGCGUCCAGGCGUGUUCCUACCUGCCCGUGGCGCUGUCGCUGGGCGCGACGUUAUUUGCGUUGGACUGUGGCGGAAGUGGUGUCUCCGACGGCGCGCACGUUUCAUUAGGGUGGCACGAGGCCGACGAUCUGCGGAUCGUGCUGUUGCAUCUGCGACGGCGUAGUGACGUCGGGUCGCUGAUCGUCUGGGGCCACUCCAUGGGCGCCGCGGCGGUCAUUUAUUAUCAAGGUAGGUACCUGACGAAAAAGAACGUGACCGCGCCGCGACUCGACGCUUGUGUCUUAGAUUCGCCGUAUGCCGACUUUGGGGAGUUAGCUAGACACUUAGUGGCGCAGAACUCCAAGGCGGCGACGGGCGGCCUCGGCAAGUACGUCGCCGGCUUCACCGUCACCAGACUCGCGUUGGAUUUGGUGUUGGACUCCAUCGACGCGACGUGCAAGCAGCUCGCCGGGUUGUCGCCUCUUAAAGAUUUGUCGCCGAUGCGGCACGCGGCCGAGUGCUCGGCGCCGGCGUUAUUCAUGCAGGCGCGGUCGGACCGGAUCAUCGCUUUGAAACACGUCGAGGCCUUAGCAAAUAGGUACGGCGGCAGUCGCAAGCUGGCCAUCGUCGACGGCACGCACUCGUCGCCGCGGAACGGCGCCGCGCGCCAGUUCGUCGCACGGUACCUGAAGAAGCACGUGCGUCUGCCCGAGGCGGCCGUCGCGGACGGCGCGGCGCGGGACCGGGCCCUCGAGCUGGCGCCGUGGCACCGAGCCCGGGCGGCGCUGCCGCCGGCGUAA